UUCUGUUUUUUGCAUCUGUCAUUUCUGAUAACAACAAUAAAUUAUCUAUUUAUACUUAAUUAAUAACUUAUAAUUUUAAUAAUAAUUAUUGUUCCACUAAUGUAAUUGUUCAUUAUUUUUUUUGUUUUAUUCUAUUUACCUAACUACAUACGUAAAUGAAAAGUAACUGCAACUGUGGUGCAUACUAGUCGCAUACACGAGUCGAGUUCAUGAGGCGAGCCUUGUGUUUACUAACUACCUUAGUCCACGAAUAUAAGAAUAUGUCUAUGAAAAAUACGAAAAACUUCAAGGAAUGGAAGUUUAAAGAACCACCGAGCUACGCUGAACUGCCUAUCGAUGAUAAUCCGGAGUACAACGUUCCUGUUGCUGUGAAAAAUGCUGUCUUUUCAAAGGUGCCCACAGAACCACUUAUGGGCAAAGUCCAGUUAGUGUGUGUCUCUGGUGAUGCUCUCACUGAAAUUCUGGAUUUGGACCCAGCUGUGGCCGAGUCUGAGGAGUUUGUGGACUUUAUAGCUGGGAAAUAUCUCCCUGAAGGGGGCCUCACUGUUUGCCACCGUUAUGGAGGGUAUCAAUUUGGUGUAUGGGCAGAUCAGCUCGGUGAUGGGCGCGCUCAUAUUCUCGGGGAGUAUGUUAACAGCAAAGGUGAAACUUGGCAACCUCAACUCAAAGGUUCUGGCGAGACACCGUACUCUAGAUUCGGGGACGGGCGCGCGGUUCUACGCUCCUCCAUCAGGGAGAUGGUGGCGUCUGAAGCAUGCCACUUCCUCGGAAUACCUACUACAAGGGCCGCCGCUUUGGUGGUCAGUGAGGAGCACAAAGUAUGGCGAGAUAAAACAUACAGCGGCCACGCGCGCCAGGAGAGUGCAGCAAUAGUGAUGCGCCUGUCACCAUCCUGGUUCCGGCUCGGCUCCCUGGAGAUAUUCGACAAAAGGAAAGAACCCCACACUAUGAAGAUACUAGUUGACCAUAUUAUCAAGCAUAAUUUCCAGGAUAUCAGAGACGAUGAAGAUAAAUAUGUCAAUUGGUACACAGAAGUGGCACACAGGAACCUUGACAUGGUCGCAGCAUGGCAGGGCUUUGGCUUCACUCACGGUGUUCUAAACACGGAUAAUGUGAGUGUACUGGGCGUCACAAUUGACUACGGCCCCUACGGUUUUGUGGAGCAUUACAACAGGCAUUAUGUACCGAACACCUCUGACGAUAUGGCCCGCUACGCGUACAGUAAACAGCCAGAGAUAAUCUUGUGGAAUUUGGAGAAAUUCGCCCUGGCGAUGGAGCCGAUACUGUCUGAUGAUCAAAAGAGGAGAAUCCAAGAUGUCAGACGUACUCUAGAGAAAUAUGCUAAUGACAAAGUACUACGGACAUAUCUACUGAAGUUGGGUCUGAGUGAAGUACACGAUGGUGAUGAGCAGCUAGUCGACCAACUCCUGCAAUUGAUGCAAAAUACAAUGGCCGACUUCACUGCCACAUUCAGGCAACUGGCUGAGGUAGACAGUAAGCAAUUGUUGGACAAAACCGUAUUGGAGGGGAAAUGGUCUUUGAACAAGUUGCAAGAGGCGUCGCAGUGGUCCGUUUGGGUGCAGAAAUACCGUGACAGAUUGAAUGCGGAGAAUGUGAGUGAAGAGCAGCGAUGUGCUCGCAUGGUCAAAGUGAAUCCCGUAUAUGUACCAAGAAACUGGAUACUACAGGAGGCGAUCGCGGACGCGGAGAAGAACGACUUUGAUAAGGUUAGAUUAUUGUUAAAGAUCUUCAGAAAUCCAUUUGAGGUCAACGAGGAGGCUGAAAUACUUGGCUACUCAGCACAGCCGCCGAGCUGGUCCUACGGCCUCAAACUCAGCUGCUCCAGCUAGACGUUUGCUACGUUCAUAAAUUGCCAUAAUCUCUUAUAUCCAAUGGCAUAUUUAAUAUUUAGAUAAUGAACAGGAGUGUUAUUGCAUGUCUCUGAAAAGUUUUCUCGCAUCCUGGAGUGGGUAUGGAUCGUCUAAAACAGCUUUUUCCAAAGUGGGCGAUAACGCCCCCUUGUGGGCGCUGCAUGCCUAAAUAGAGACGGUAAGAGACCCAGGAAAAAUGGGGGCGUUGUGUAGAGGCUUGGAGGGUGGUUUGUUGAUCUUGAAGUAAGUGGUUUUUGAGUAGGUGAAAAAAUGGGGGCGCUAAAAAAUAAUUUAUUCUCAACUUAGGGUAGUAGACAAAAUAAGUUUGGGAAUCAUUGAGUUCUAAAAAAUGGGCCUAUGUUUGUAUAAGUCAUAUACCACGGUAUAUGACUAUUGAUUUUUUUUUUGGGAUAUAAAGAAAUAAAUAUCGUCAUCUUCCUACUCUUACCCUAAUUAUUAUUUGGGGUCAGCGUAGUUUUUUAUUUAUAUUACAAAAAAUUGUCUUAUAGUUUUACAACCGGCCGCCUGUCUCACGUCAACCCUCUUUGGGGUUAUAAUAUAAAGAAAUAAAUAUAUAAAAUUUAAUAAUAAAGAUGAUAUAAUAAAUUAAAUAUAUAAGAAGUAUCUAAGAAACUAGGCGUCAUAGAAAACAUAACAUCCAUAAAAUAAUGUACAAAUAUAUAUAUAUAUAUAUAUAUAUAUAUAUACCUAAUAUAAAUAAUGUAUAUAUAUUAUGUUCCAAGCAAAUUAAGAAUUUUCUUUAUAUCAUAAAAGGAGUUUUGCCAGUACUUGCUACGCUUGGCAAGCGGAUUGGCAACUGCAGUUAGGCUUUUAGUGAUGUCUUAAGAGGGCGAUAUUUUUUUAUAUACACAAUUUAUGUAUUUAAGUCAAUUUGAUGUUAUUAUUUUAGUAAUGAUGUAAAAAAAAAAAUAUUUUGUUAUACAUUCAAUAUAUAUAUUUAUUAAUUAAAUAAA